UCAUCAAUGGACUUCCGAAAAUUCAUAAAGUCCAUUUCCUCUCAAGUCUCACCCCUCGGAACGCUCCAAACUCCUCUUCAUCACAUCUCAUCUCAAUGGCUUCCUUCCUCUCUCUCACCCUUCUGUCCCUUCUCCUCUUCUUCUCCAUCUCCUCUGCAAUCACCCAUCAUCAUUCCCAUCACAAUUCCUCCGUACACCCGCAUUUCAAAAGAACCAGAAGGCCGAGUUCACCGUCCCUAAAAGCAUCACUUUCUACGAUUCCACCUGAGAUCCAACAAGCAUGCAAAGCCACUCGGAAUCCAGACACCUGCGCGACCACCAUAGCUCAGUCAUCGAAUCUCACGCAAAACCCAAAACCCAUCGACAUCAUCCAGUCCGCCAUCUCUGUCUCGCUUCAGAACGUCAUAACCGCCCGAUCAAUGGUGAAAACCAUUCUUGCCUCCUCCGCCGGCAACCCAAAUCGCACCAUUGCCGCGAAGAACUGUUUGGAGGUCUUAGGCUACUCGGCAUACCGCAUAUCUUGGACGUCGAAGGUUCUUCCACAUGGGAGAGUCAAGGACGCUCGGGCUUGGAUGAGCGCGGCCCUUCUCUACCACUCCGCCUGCUGGUCUGGCCUCAAAUACGUCAACGACACCUCGAAAGUCAAUGAAACAAUGGCGUUCAUGGACUCAUUGGUCGGCUUGACCAGUAACGCUCUUAGCAUGAUCGUGUCUUACGACCUGUUCGGAAACGACAUGGCUUCAUGGAGGCCGCCAAUGACGGAGCGAUCCGGGUUUUGGGAGGACGGUUCAGUUGGCGGGACGGAUUUGGGGUUCAAAGGAGGUUUUCCGUCAGGGUUAACCCCGGACGUUACAGUCUGUAAGGAGGAGGGAAUGGGGUGCUAUCAGACGGUGCAGUCGGCGGUAGACGCCACGCCAGAUUACGCCGGGAUGCGCAGGUUUGUGAUUCGGAUCAAAGAGGGCGUUUACCAGGAGACGGUUCGAGUGCCGCUUGAGAAGAAAAACGUGGUAUUUUUGGGUGAUGGCAUGGGCAAAACUGUCAUUACAGGUUCGCUCAACGUGGGUCAGCCUGGUAUCUCCACCUUCAACACUGCAACCGUCGGAGUAAUUGGGGACGGGUUUAUGGCCCGUGACAUAACAUUCGAGAACACGGCCGGGCCGGACGCUCACCAAGCCGUGGCAUUCCGCUCAGACAGCGACCUCUCCAUACUCGAGAAUUGCGAAUUCCUAGGCAAUCAAGACACACUCUACGCCCAUUCCGUGCGUCAAUUCUACAAAUCAUGUCGAAUAGAAGGCAACGUGGAUUUCAUCUUCGGCAACUCGGCUGCCGUCUUUCAGGACUGCCUCAUCCGAGUCCGCCCACGCCAAGUCAAGCCCGAGCAGGGCGAGACCAAUACGGUCACGGCCCAUGGGCGCACAGACCCAGCGCAAUCAACUGGCUUCGUCUUCCAGAAUUGUGUCAUCAAUGCCACAGAUGAGUAUAUGGCUCUGUACAAUGCCAACCCCAAGGUCCACAGAAACUUUUUGGGUAGGCCAUGGAAGGAAUACUCGAGAACAGUGUUCGUAGAUUGCUAUAUGGAGACACUCAUCAACCCAGAAGGUUGGAUGCCAUGGGGCGGAGACUUCGCAUUGGGGACGCUCUACUAUGGUGAGUUCCAGAAUGCCGGGCCGGGGGCUAAUGUGUCGUCGAGGGUGCCAUGGAGUAGUCAGAUACCGGCCGAGCAUGUAUUCGCGUAUUCGGUGCAGAAUUUCAUUCAAGGCAACGAGUGGAUACCAACAUCUUCUUAACUACGUUAAUAGUAGUACAAGAAAAGGAAUUAAUAAUAUAUCAAUAUAUAUUUUUCAUCUGUAAUUGCCAGCUGGUAAUUUUACUUAGGACCUUUAGUCAAACCAAACAUAGCUUUAGAGGUAUUGAAAGCGAAAUUUCCAAAAUGAUUGUGUAAGUAUCAAUCAGACUGGUCCCGUCUAGAAAGUAGCGUUAGAAAAAAAAUAGCAUUAUAGCAAUCAGCUGAAUUGUUUGUCACUU